ACCAGGACGACCGAACACUAACCUGGAAGGAGAAACAGGAGUCUGGAGCUAAUGCUAACGCUACCGCUAUUAUAGAUUCAUUCCAGAGCUCAUCACUGAGAUAAUGGAGAAGCAGUUACCUGAGGAAAUGAGCUCUGCUCUGGAAUCUGAAGAUCCGAACAUCACAGGUGCAUCUGAGGACCUCGACAGUGAGAAAAUCACCAAACCUGAAGCUGAAACCUCACACCUGGAAGUAGAAGAGACGGUGGUUACGGAGGAGGAGGAAGAAGUAAAUACUCACACUGCUGAGAUUGAGUCUGAGGCUGCUGUGGUAGAUAAUCCGGCAAAUGUUGAAGAAGGUAAAGAGCCAGAUGUGGAACCUCAUGUAGGAGAACAUCUCUCUCAGGAGAGAAGUGUCACAGAUCAGGAAGAUGGAGAGCAGAAGCUGGAGGAACGAGAUGCACCUAAACUUGAAAGUCUGGUGGGAAAAGACCAACAGUGUACAGUUACUCCAGCUGAUCUGAAAAUAAACCAUGAGGAGCAGCAGGAACUUCUCCGAGAACUCCAGGCAGAACAGGACCAGCUUACCCAGCUGAAUUACCAGCUCCAAGCAAAACUAGCGAACUACUUCCAGAAACCAACAAACAGGCCACCAUCAGGUAGAGACCAGGCCAUCCCAGACCAGGAGCAACACUACCAGAAGUACUUAAACAUGAUGGAGGAUCUAAAGCUGCAGAAGAAUCUCUUGAAGCAGCAGGUCGACGAUCUUCAUCAGCAAAGCCGUGAGAAGCUGGAGCAGGUCGAGCGUGAGUGGAGAGUACAGGCGUCGACCAAGCGCGAGGUCAUCGUCACCGCGCUGAGCCGGACGAAGGGCAAGGCGGGCGCCCGAGCCGAGGCCGAACGGCUGCAGGGGGCCGAGCAGAGACGCCAGGAUGAGCUGGUCUCCGUCAGGCUCGAGAACGUCAUGCUGCAGAUGGAGGUGCACAAGCUGGAAGGAGCACACAGCGGGAGGAAAGUGCUGCACCAGAUCGACUUCGAGCAGCUCAAGAUGGAGAACCAGACGUACAGCGAGAAGAUCGAAGAGCGCCACGAGGAGCUGCACAAGCUGAAGAAGAAAAUCAACAACACUGUGCAGAUCCUAACCCACAUGAAAGAGAAGCUGCAGUUCAUCCAGACGGAGAACCAGAACGAGCAGACUCAUCUCGCCGAACUGAACGAUGCGCUGCAGCGUGAUCGAGAAGCUCUGACGAAGACGAAACAGGCCAGAGAAGCCCUCACCAACCACAACCUGCGUCUCAGGCAGCAGUGUGGCAUGCUGGGAAACACCACGCUGCUGCGGGACCUAGAGGACACGGAGGACGAGCGAGAGGCGCUCGAGAGGCGAGUGGAGACCCUGAAGAGUCGCCACGCCCAGCUCACGGUGCGAUCUGAACAGAUGAAGAAGAACCUGGAGCAGAGGAACGUCCUAAAUCACUGAUGUGUGUGUGACGCGUCCCGAACAGCUCUGUGGUGCUUGGAUCGAUUCCCAACUGUCUCUGAAGAUCAGCAUCUUCUCUGUUUUCCACACUGGAUACCAAAAAACAUGCCAGUUGGUGGACUGACUACUCUAUAUUGACCCUAGGUGUCAAUGAAUGAGUAAAUGAAGUGUUUGAUGCUCUGCUCUGAAUAAUAAGUAAUCGCUCCCCUCCUGAUUGCUGCUGUAUGUUCAUCAUGCUGAAUUAUUACAUAUACAGUAAACUGAGUAGAACUGAGUAGAAACACGGGCGUUAUGUUAAGCAUUAUUUUUUAAUUAUUUAUUAAAGGAACAAAG